GAAGCUGCUCACACAGACGGCAAGAUGAUGACAGCAGCUCCUUUGGCACCGUUGGCCUCCCUGGCACCGCUUCCCACAGCUCGCAUGAUGUUGGGUACCGCCAACAACACGAGCAUGAUGACUUCAGCUUCUGCAAAUACCACGGCAUCACCAUUAAUGCACCAGUCAAAGACGCAGUCGCCACCGCAGCAGCAGCAGCAGCAGCAUCAGCAGCAGCAGCAGCAGCAGCAUCAGCAGCAGCAGCUACAGCUGCAAGCACCAACGAUGACAAUGGCAGCACUCGAGUGGCAGUAUUUCCAGGCAGUUUCGCUAUUUCGACGGCGAAAAUAUGAAAAAUGCGUUGAGGUGUGCAGUGGCAUGUUGCACGCUGGCCACGAAACGAAUGUGCAAAUGUUUACCUCGCCGCCGAACGAGAAUCACCAUGCCGAUGCAGAUGCACAAUACGGUAGGGGAGUUGGUGGCAACGGCAGCAUGCAAAGCAACGCGCCCUCAAGGCAGGGACGAGGCUAUAGUCAAAACUUUAAGAACAGCAACAACAACAACAACAAUAAUGCAAACAAUAGCAAUGCCAAUGGUAAUAACAAUAAAGUGAGCAUGCCCACGUGGAUGAUGGAGGGCGUUUGGCAAUUAAAAAUGCGCGCCCUUACCCAGCGCGUCUACAUCGACGAUCUCGAGACGGACGAUGCCUUCGAGGGGGAGAAUGAGGAAGUGGAGUUAAAGCGAAUCGCCACAGCCGCCAGACCAGGUACCUCAAUUAAAACCGCGUUUAUACCACGGCCAAGUACGAGCACGCUGCGCGACAGCUCAAAAACAUCUGCAACAAUACGAAGUAAUCUGCCAUUGAGCCAAGGUAGCCGCACAGCGACUGCGCAAAGCAACAAUAGCAUCAGACCUAAGUCGAGCAUGGUACGUCCCGGUACAGCCACGUCCCGGCCAGGCUCCUCUGUCGCCAGCCGACCGGCAUCAAGAUGUGGCACCGCUUCACGCAUUCGCGCUACAUCCGCUGCUGCCUACACUGUUGGCGAUGUCACCGCCAAACUCUAUCAGGCAUCGCGUCUAAAUCCCACUAUAUAUGCUGAACGCGAGGCGCUUAUAAAGGCGCUUUUUCAAUUUAUCUACUAUCACGAGUCCGAUGUGCAAAAAGCGUAUUCUCUGUGCGAGGCAGUCAUGGAAGUCCAUAAGCAAAAGCGCACCUCGGGUUCGGGUCGUUCUGGCGCGCCUGUCGAUUGGUGGUGGGAUCAGCAAAUAGGCAGAUGUUUGCUGGUAAUGCGCUUACCACGAAAGGCCGAGACCUAUCUGGUUCAAUCGUUGGCGGCUUUCCCACAUCCUGACACCUUUUUGUUGCUUUCUCGUUUGUACCAGCGUCUGAGUGAGCCUAAUCGCGCGCUGGAGCUCAUUGGUAUGGCUGUCGACCGGCAUCCUUUCAACGUAACUUUUCGCAUAGAACAGGGCCGAAUAUUCGAUGCUAUGUCUAAGCAGGAUGAUGCUAUGCAAAUAUAUCGUCUCAUUACCAAGCUCAAUCCGAUUAAUGUGGAGGCGUUGGCUUCUAUUGCAUUGAACCAUUUUUAUGAUGGAAAUCCCGAGAUGGCUCUUAUGUAUUAUCGACGGAUCCUUUCUUUGGGAAUUCACUCAGCAGAGCUCUAUUGCAAUAUUGCUUUAUGUUGUUUGUAUGGCGGACAAAUCGAUCUGGUGCUACCUUGCUUUCAACGGGCACUUCUGCUUUCCAAAACGUCCGAUCAAAAAACAGAUAUCUGGUAUAAUUUAAGCUUUGUGGCGUUGUCGACUGGAGAUUUUCACUUGGCCCGGCGUUGUCUCCAGCUCUGUUUGACCUCUGAUGCCCGUUACGGCGCCGCACUGAACAACCUGGCUGUACUGGCAGCACAUACGGGAGACUUGAUGCGAGCCAAAUCCUAUCUCCAAGCAGCGAAGGAAGUGAUGGAUAGCAGUUCAGAAAUAGACAGUAAUUUGGAAUAUAUGCAAGCACAUUACAAACUCUAAUCAAAGAGUAAUUACUUAUGUAAUGCAUAU